GUUAAUAAAAAUUCACACGGACAGAAAUGUUGGUGCGUUUAAUAAAAGUUAGUUUUACACCAACACAAAGUGUUGGUGCAAAACUGCGGGGUACAAAUUGAGGUACAAAUCUUUGGGUACACAUAGCAUAAUCCAAUUCUGAUUCAUCAUUCAUUCAGAUUUUCAUUUCAUAGAAUCUUUCCUGUUAUGCCCAUGGGUCCUUCUUCUCCAUCUUCUUCAGAAACUCUCCUUCAAGGCGAAGAAGAGGAAAAGCAGUCACAGUCUCCCGCCUCCGGAAACUCCAGGAAACUAGCGCUGCUCCCCCUGAUCUUCCUCAUCUACUUCGAGGUCGCCGGCGGUCCGUACGGCGCGGAAUCGGCGGUGGGCGCGGCGGGGCCUCUCCCGGCCAUCCUCGGAUUCCUAGUCUUCCCCUUCGUCUGGAGCCUCCCGGAGGCCCUGGUGACGGCCGAGCUCGCCACCGCCUUCCCCGGAAACGGCGGGUUCGUGAUCUGGGCCCACAAGGCCUUCGGCCCGUUCUGGGGAUCCAUGAUGGGCUCCUGGAAGCUCGUCAGCGGCGUCGUCAACCUCGCGACUUACCCCUCUCUCUGCGUCGAUUAUCUCAAAUUGGUUUUCCCCGUUUUCUCAUCCGGAAACCCUAGAAUCCUCGCGAAUUUCUCCAUUACUCUGUUUCUUUCCCUCUUGAAUUACUCUGGCCUUUCGAUUGUAGGGUCCACUGCCCUCUGCCUAGGGCUACUGUCCCUUUCCCCAUUUUUGGUCCUCUCCGUGAUUUCAAUCCCUAGAAUUGACCCAAAAAGAUGGGUGAGUUUAGGGGAGGAGGGUGCCCCUAAAAAUUGGACUCUAUUCUUGAAUACCCUUUUCUGGAAUUUGAAUUUCUGGGACAGUGCCAGUACUUUAGCAGGGGAAGUUGAGAACCCCCAAAGAACAUUCCCAACGGCGCUAUUCUCGGCGGGGAUCCUGACCUGUUUGGCCUACUUGAUCCCGCUCCUCGCCACCACGGGGUCCACCCCGCUCGACCAGGCGGGGUGGACCAACGGGCACUUUGCUGACGUGGCGGAGUCGGUUUCUGGCGGGAAAUGGCUCAAGUACUGGGUAGAGGUCGGGUCGGUCUUGUCUGCAGUUGGGCUUUACGAAGCCCAACUGAGCAGUUGCGCGUACCAGAUCCUCGGCAUGGCCGAGAUCGGGGCGGUCCCGCGGGCCCUCGACGCCCGCUCGGAGCGGUUUGACACCCCGUGGGUUGGGGUCGUGGGCCCCACACUCGUCGCACUUGCGGUCUCGUGCGCGGACUUUGCGAGCGUCGUGUCGUCGGUGAACUUCCUCUACGGCCUCGGGAUGCUGCUCGAGUUUGGGUCGUUUCUGUGGCUGAGAGUGAAGAUGCCGGACGCAAAGAGGCCUUACAAGGUGCCAUUGUCGCUCCCAUGGCUUGUGGUCAUGUGCUUGGUUCCCUCUGGUUUUCUGGUCUAUGUGAUGGCUGAUGCCACUAAGGCCGUGUUUGGGGUCAGUGCUUUGCUCACCCUUCUUGGGGUUCUUUGGUACUUCAUCAUGAAACUGUGUAGGGUUAAGAAGUGGGUUUUCUUUUAUGACAGUGAAGAAAAUUACUGUGGUUGAGCAUCACAAAGGAAUUGCCAACUUUACUCCCCAUGGGAGUUAGCAUAUGCCCCACAAUGCCUGUGAAAUUACAUUUAUAUCCUCACUUGACUAACACUAU